AUGUUUCUAAGAAGAAUUUCCCCCACCAUUAAGCCAAUAUCUAAAUCCAUCAUAUCUUAUCACCAUAUUAUUAAUUGUCGUGGCUAUAGUAGUAAUAACGCAUUUAGUAGUAACCAAACUCCACAUCCACCUAGAUUACCUGAAAAUGAACAAAAAGAGUUUGAGAAAUUACAAAGAUUAGCUAAUUCCCAACAAACUUUGGAAGAUUAUAACAAAGGUAAACCUAUUACAAAAGAUGGGAAGGAAAAUACCGAUAGUAUAGGAGAAUUUUCACCUGAAUAUUCACCAACCAUUGCAGAGUUUGAAGGGGACAAAAAUCCUAAGACAGGGGAAAUUGGUGGACCCAAGCAAGAUCCAACUCGUCAUGGAGACUGGUCUUUUAAUGGUAGAGUUACUGAUUUUUGA